ACACCAGACUGUCCUCACAGGCAUCAAUGCUGCCACACAUUAGCGCAGUGUCAGCGUUUCAGCGCCGCGCAGUCGAGGGAGUGCUUAUAGGUGAAAGCGACGACUUUAAACGUAUGGCAGGAGCACGAAUCUUACACGAAUCUUACACGAAGUUUAUUCACUGUAGUGAUCCUUUUCUGAAAUUACUAUUUCAAGAUGGCUGGUAGAGUCUUCCGUCGUUUGGUAGCAACAAUUGAAAGGCUGAGGUACAAUCACCUGUUACUCCCUCACGAUGGGUCUCCUUCAUAUUUCCUCACAGCACGGCUGUGUACUAAGAACUUUCAUUCCCAGGAGAGAAACAUUCUUCUCAUGGGUCCUCCGGGGUCAGGGAAGACUUCUGUGGGUCAGAUUUUGUCUCACAAGCUUGGCAUGCCUGUUAUUGACGUAGACGACGAUGUUCUGGAGAGGGCGUGGGGAAUGCCAGUGGCAGAUAAGCUGGCUGAAGUCGGAGGAGAGCGUUUCCUCGAGGAAGAGGGUCAGGUUGUGUGCAACCUGUCAGCCUCGGGCUGCGUGAUUUCACUGACGGGCUCCAAUCCGCUUCACGCGGACGCCAUGCGACACCUCAAAAGCUCUGGACUCGUCGUGUACCUGGACGUGGAUGCUGAUGACAUCAUAGAGAGGCUUUCCAGAAUGAAAGUGAAUAGGAUUGUGGGUCAGGGUGAUGGCAUGUCUAUGAGAGACAUACUGCACUACAGAAAGCAAUUUUAUGAGAAAUGGGCAGACACACGAGUGCUUUGUGGGAGAGGAGACAGUGUUCAGGAGGUAGCAGAGAAAGCCCUCCGCGUUCUGGCUAGAUAUCAGGACUCCGAAUCGGAGACGUACACUUCCACCCGCGGCCAGCUUCUCAGGGAAAAUGGAUCUGCCAUGGACCCAAAGUUCUUCAGUGACGUUGUGGUGGAAGGACUUGCUCCAAAUGGGGGACUUUAUGUGCCAAGUAAGGGCUUCACAAAACUGGAGCCUUCAGAAUGGCAGAGACUAGUCAGCAUGUCUUAUCCUGAGAGAGCUUUAGCCAUACUCGAAAAAUGCAUUCAUCCACUGGAUGUCUCUCCGUCAGAACUUCGCUCGAUGGUUAAUUGGGCCUACGAGAGGAAUUUUGCCAGGGGAUCAGUCGCACCUGUUAAGCACCUGACUGGGGAUCAGUACGUGCUGGAGCUGUUCCAUGGCCCCACUGCCUCGUUUAAAGACCUCGCCCUGCAGUUAAUGCCUCAUCUCUUUGCUCACUGCCUCCCGCGGACGUGCAACUAUCUGAUAAUGGUGGCCACGUCCGGAGACACCGGCAGUGCCGUUCUUAGCGGCUUCGGUAACCUCCGGGACGCGGACAGGGAGCGUGUGGGCGUGCUGGUGUUUUUCCCUGAGCAAGGCGUGAGCCUUGCGCAGAGGCAGCAGAUGACCGGGUUUAAAGAGUGCAACGCCAGAGCCAUCGGUGUCCUGUCUGACUUCGACUUCUGCCAGUGGAGCAUUAAGAGAAUGCUGGAGGAUCCGAGGCUGGCAGGCCACCUGGCCGUGGAGUACGGCACCGUGCUCAGCACCGCCAACUCCAUCAAUUGGGCGCGGCUUCUUCCACAGGUGGUCUACCAUGCCUCGGCGUACCUGGACCUGCUCGGAGACGGAGUGCUUGCGUUUGGAGACCCCAUCGACGUGUGCAUCCCAACUGGGAACUUUGGCAAUGCCAUGUCGGCCGUUUAUGCCAAACAGAUGGGCAUCCCAAUAAGGCAUGUGAUCUGCGCGUCCAAUCAGAACUGUGUAGUUUCUGACUUCAUCUCUACAGGACAGUACGAUAUCCGCGGCAGGAAGGUCACUGUGUCGAGUUCUCCUGCCAUUGACAUUCUUAAAUCCUCAAAUCUUGAGAGGUUAAUACAUCACGUCUCUUGUGGGGACGGCGGUCUUGUCCGAGACUUGUUUGUGAGGUUCGAGAACAACCGAGUGUUUACUGUGUCUGAUUUUUUACUGCAGAGAAUUCAGCAGGAAGUCCAAGCCAGCUGGUGUACAGAGGAAGACUGUCUGGCUGCUGUUUGGGAAGUGCACGCUAAAACAAGUUACAUAAUGGACCCGCACACCGCUGUGGCCAAAGUGGUGGCAGAUCGUCUGCACGAUGGGUCGUGUCCUCUUGUGCUUUGCUCCACUGCACACCAUGGCAAAUUUGCCCCAGCUGUGCUGAAUGCCCUGCGCUGCCCACACAUUCCCAGUGACCCCCUAGAGCAGCUACAUACACUGAGUACUAUUGGGGGAGGAGCCCAAAUGCAUGAAGCUCUGCUGAAGUGCCUGAGAGAGAGUGGGCGACACCCACAUACGGUGUGCAAGGCCGAUUUUGGUGUGCUGACGGAUGAAGUCGAAUCUAUGAUACAAGACUCAUUUCUGAAAGUCAAAUAGUAUGCAAAGACAGAAAUAUGCUCAACAAUGACACGGAUGGUAUCUGGUUGACCAAGGAGGGUAGUAGUUCCAGUCGUGUCCAGUAGAUGGGGCUGUGUGCCAGCAAUAACAGAAUCUUUCUCGUUUUUUUUGCUGCACUGUACCGCUAAUUUACAGGCUAUUUGCAGGACUUGGUGAGAUACAUAUAAACCAACUACUGUGAUUAAAAUCCUAGAAUCCUCUCUGUGUCGUUCCCAGAAGGUAUUCUGCAAUUGUUUUUUAUGUAGAGCCCCAUUUCUAAAUAAAUACCACUUAUUAAAGCGGUUUGUAAUGACUCUGGUUUCCAGGCAGAGCUGAGUUAAGGAACCUUAUGUUACUGUGAUGUCACAGUCAGUGUGUCCAACGGCUCAGCCAGCUUUGAGCUAAUGUAUGUUAUUCCCUAAUCUGCUCCAUUAAUUUCACUUUCAGUCACAAUAAUCUGAUUAAAACAGGAUUGUAGAGUAUCUUCUAUGCAGGUGAAUGCCUGACACGGAAUUUAAUUAAAUUAUAAUCAAGAUAAUUGUUGUUAAUUAAGACUGUCCUGCAGGAGAAGUGAUAAAGGACAUUCAUAUAGCUUAGUAGUGAAUUUUGGUAUAAUUUUUAACAUUUAUUGCUCAGAAAUACUUUUUUUUGUGACAUGUUCUUUCCCCGUAUGUUU